UGAAAUGUAAACAAAACAAAAACAUUUUAAUUUUGACCACAGAUUUUGACACUUAAAAAACAUUUUUAUCGAUUUGCUCAAUGAUCUAGAUAGAUUUCAUUGUAGUUUCUCAUCACCGGAACACUUAUUUUUUCUCAAUCAGCAAAUUGUAAAAUAAAUAUAGUACAUAGAUGACAAGAUUUGGAAAAGCGAGUCAUUUUGCACCCUCACUGGACAGAUCACCGGCAAGCGGAAGUUGCCGGCAAGUUUAAUUUCGCGCAAAUUACUUAAUCUGGAAAUAAAAUCGAUCUAAAUAUGGAAACAAAUGUUCUUAAAGUGAUUUUCAUAACUGUGACUGCUAUUUUUAUCUUUGUUUUCGUAUGGUGCUCAUACAUUAAGAUAAUGUCCAAGAUAUGCAAUUGUAAGACAGUUUUGAGUGGAAAAAUAGUAAUCGUGACAGGAGCCAAUACUGGGAUUGGAUUUGAGACAGCCAAGGACUUGGCCAAACGAGAUGCCAAAGUUAUUUUAGCCUGCAGAGAUAUGAAUAAGGGUUUGGAAGCUGAGAAAAUUAUUAAAACAGAAACUGGAAACACAAAUGUACACUUUAAACAGUUGGAUCUAGCUUCAUUUUUAUCUGUUGCUCGGUUUGCUGAGGAUAUCAUAAGAACACAGCCAUUUAUAAAUAUAUUAAUCAAUAAUGCUGGCAUGGGGAAGCUUGACAAUUCAUUAACAGAAGAUAAUAUACCUAUAGAAGUUCAAGUGAACCAUUAUGGUCCAUUUUUGCUUACAUUGCUUCUUUUGCCAUUGAUAAAGAGGCACCCAGACAGCCGCAUUGUGAAUGUGUCAUCAAUCAUGCAUUAUAUUGGAAAGGUUGACCCAGACAACUUCCAUAAGAAAGUAAAAACUUCUCUACAGCACAGGAGAUUAUAUUCUGACACAAAAUUGGCAAAUAUGUUGUUUACUUUGAAGCUAAAUGAGUUGUUACAUGGAUCCUAUGUUACGGUCAACUGUUUGCACCCUGGAGCUGUUUAUACAGAUAUCUUCAGGCACCAGCCAUAUAUAAUGAAACUUAUAUUUAGGCUUCUUAUGAAAUCUUCUUGGCAAGGAGCACAAACAGUGAUCCACUUAGCAAUAGCACCAAAUUUAGCAAACACUUCUGGGAAGUACUUUGUGGAAUGUAAAGAGAAGGAACCUGCAAAGAGAGCGUUAGAUAUGGAUGUAGCUAAUAGACUGUGGUUAACAUCAGAGAAAAUAGUGGAAACCUAUUUACCAGCAGAUAAAAGUUACUGAUAUGGUAUUUGUUAUAUUCUGCUGGCUUUUGACUUAGUUGACAUCUCUUAAGUGAUCUCUUAAUGUAGAAAUAGUAAAUCCUUACAAUUGAAAAGGUUGACUGGAGCAAUAUGUAAAUCUUCAACAUAUUAUACUGCCUAACAAUUUUA